UACUUUUAAGGCUAAUUAAAGAGCAUUGUCACAUCAAGGCCAACUUGGUGCACAUGGAAAAUUCUUUAGGGAACACAAUUAAAGAGCUAGCUCGCCAUCAUGCCACUCCAAAAUGCACUAUAUCAUAAUUUAUUCUCACACUCUUCGGAAAAGAAAAACAAAAAUAACAACACCCUUCUUUCUCUCUCUCCUUUCUCCCUAUGCUCUCCCUCUAUAUAUACCCACCAUUUUCCAACUUCACCCUUCACCCUCAUCGCAGUAUUAAUCUUUUUACAAAUAUUUCUCCUAAAUUGAUCAAAUUCAUGGCUCCCAAGGGAGACAACGUUGUAGUUUCAAGUAUAAAGCUCGAGAAGAUAUUUAGCAUGAAAGGAGGCAAAGGAGAGUCCAGCUAUGCCAACAAUUCCCAAGCCCAGGCCAUGCAUGCAAGAUCCAUGCUUCACCUGCUUAAAGAAACCCUAGACAAUGUGCAGCUGAGCUCUCCACAAGUCCCCUUUGUGGUUGUGGACCUUGGAUGCUCAAGUGGAAGCAACACCAUCUACAUCAUAGAUGUGAUCAUCAAACACAUGGCCAAGCGCUAUGAGGCCUUGGGAUGUGACCCACCUGAGUUCUCAGCCUUUUUCUCUGAUCUCCCUAGCAACGACUUCAAUACCCUCUUCCAGCUCCUCCCUCCUAUGGCCAACCACGGCGGCAGCAUGGAGGAGACCCUCGCCGCCGACAGCCACCGCUCCUACUUUGCUGCUGGCGUCCCCGGCUCCUUCUACAGGCGGCUCUUCCCGUCGAGGUCCAUUGACCUUUUCCACUCUGCGUUUUCCUUGCAUUGGCUCUCGCAGGUACCAGAGAGUGUGCUAGACAAGAGAUCAGCAGCCUACAACAAAGGGAGGGUGUGUAUUCAUGGAGCAAAUGACAGCACAGCCAUUGCAUACAAGAAGCAGUUCCAGACAGACUUGGCAAGCUUUCUCAGGUCAAGAGCCAUGGAGCUCAAGAAAGGUGGCUCCAUGUUUCUUGUCUGCUUGGGCAGGACCUCAGUGGACCCCACUGACCAAAGUGGCCCAGGCCAUCUCUUUGGAACCCACUUUCAGGAUGCUUGGGAUGAUCUUGUCCAAGAGGGUCUUAUCACUAGUGAGAAACGUGACAGUUUCAACAUUCCUGUGUAUGCCUCAAGUUUACAAGACUUCAAAGAAGUAGUGGAAGAUGUUGGCUCAUUCACCAUAAACAAGCUUGAGAUUUUCAAAGGAGGAAGCCCCCUUGUAGUGAACCAACCUGAUGAUGCAGCUGAAGUGGGUCGAGCCCUUGCCAACAGCUGUAGGAGUGUCGCCGGAGUACUCGUGGAUGCACACAUCGGCGACCACCUUGGCAAUGAGUUGUUUGCAAGAGUGGAACAAAGGGGCACAGGCCAAUCCGAAGAGCUGCUGGAGCAGUUACAAUUCCUUCACAUAGUGGCAUCACUUUCUCUUGCUUAGUUAAGGAGUAUGCCCUUUUUCUUAUUUUCGUUGCGUAGAGGAAAAAGAAUCCAACACACAAAAGAGAGAGAAGAAAAAGUUAAGGUUGGGACACAAUCCUCUUUUCUCCUCCUUGUGUGAGCUUGUUUUGUGUUAUCAUUGACUGUGGUGUAGUGUACCUUUUAUUAAUAUACUUGAUGGCCUUUAUGACUUUGUGUUCCUUUGAAUGAAAUAGGGAAAUGAAGCUAUAGUGAACCCUUUUUCACUUCUCUCUUCCUUUAUAGCUUAUUAUUUUGUCUGUAUCAUGUGAUUUAUAUAGUUGUUUGAAUGAGGAGUUUCAAUUUGACCUAACACCCUUUUGGCUUUUGCAAUGCCA